AGUGCUCGUUACAGUUGACCAUCACAGUCCUACUGGCAGCUAGCAGUGCCGUCGUCCCGCCAAUACAUCUUCCCUGGACGCCAGAGUUUGCAGAACAGCUCGGUCAUCUUUAUUGUAUUUAUUUAUUUACAUUUUCAAAGGCAGUGAGAGGAGGUGGAUUCGGUUUGUGUACAGCCACACCGAUUCAGAGCUGAGGAACGCCACCAACACCCGUCUCUGCACUGACCGUCUCACUCCGGAGUCAGACAAAGCUUCCACUUGAGUAUAGCAUAAUGCUGGAAGAGCUUCUUCCAGUCCUCCACUUCAUACUCCCUGUUGGGGGCCAUUGUGGGGCUUCUGGUCCUCCACCUGCUCUUCUCCAAGCUCAGAUCCCAAGAAAAUCAGAGGGAGCCUCCAGGACCUAAACCUCUACCCCUGCUUGGUAACCUGCUUCAGUUGGAUCUCAGGAGACUCGACAGGGCUCUUUUUGAUCUGUCCAAAACAUAUGGACCAGUGUUCACAGUCUACUUUGGAUUUAAGAAGGUGGUGGUCCUGGCAGGAUACAGGACAGUCAAACAGGCUCUGGUUAACCAUGCUGAAGAGUUUGGAGACAGAGAGAUCACUCCCAUAUUCUAUGAUUUCACCGAAGGACAUGGUAUAAUAUUUUCUAAUGGCGACUCAUGGAAAGAAAUGAGGCGCUUUGCUCUAACUACGCUGAGAGAUUUUGGGAUGGGCAAGAGGAUUAGUGAGGGGAAAAUCAUUGAGGAAUGUCACCACCUGAUUGAAGAAUUUGAAAAACAUGAAGGUAAAGCCUUCAACAACACCCAGACAAUUUGUUAUGCAGCUUCAAAUAUUAUAUCAGCUCUCAUGUUUGGGAAGAGGUUUGAAUACAAAGAUCCUGACCUCCAAACUAUGGUGGAAAGAGACCACAAGUCCAUCCAUCUGACGGGAUCAGUCUCCAUCCUGAUGUACAACUUCUUCCCUUGGCUGGGACCUUGUCUUAAAAACUGGAGGGAUUUGAAGAGGUUUGUGGAGGAGAGUAAGGCAGACUUGAGACGGAUAAUAGCAGGUCUGAAGGAGACUCUGAACCCUGAGAUGUGUAGAUGCUUUGUUGAUGCAUUCCUGACCCGUAAGCAAAAUCUGGAGGAGUCUGGAACUAAGGAUUCACUCUACCAUGAUGACAACCUGAUGUACAGUGUGGGAAAUUUGUUUGCAGCUGGAACUGAUACCACAGCAGUUACACUUCAGUGGUGUCUACUUUUCAUGGCCAAGUACCCUCACAUUCAAGACCAAGUCCAGGAGGAGCUGAGCAGGGUGGUCGGAAGCCGUCAGGUUUGUGUAGAGGACAGGAAGAGCUUGCCGUACACUGACGCUGUCAUCCAUGAGACACAGAGACUCGCCAACAUCGUCCCCAUGGCGAUUCCUCACAGCACCAGCCGAGACGUCACCUUACAGAACUACUUUAUCAAAAAGGGAACUACUGUGUUUCCUCUUCUCACUUCUGUCCUGUAUGAUGAGAGCGAGUGGGAGAGCCCGCACACUUUCAACCCUUCCCACUUCCUGGAUAAGGCGGGUAAAUUCAUCAGGAGAGAUGCCUUCAUGCCCUUUUCUGCAGGUCGCAGGGCCUGCCUCGGAGAGAGUCUGGCCAGAAUGGAGCUCUUCCUCUUCUUCACCUCCCUCCUUCAGCGCUUCCGUUUCACUCCUCCACCUGGAGUUACGGAGGAUGAACUGGAUAUUACACCAGUUGUGGGCUUCACCCUCACCCCUUCACCUCAUGAGCUAUGUGCUGUCAGUCGCCAAUGAAGAUGACAGCUGGACCUUAUUGUGUUUUGUUUUUAUACCAUGGUGAAAGUGGGAACUGAAAAAACAAACCUCUCUGGCUGACACUCAAAACCGCAUACACAGGAUUUCACACCAAUCUAAUCUGCAAAGACGAGAACAAUAUGUUGACAAGGUUACACAACAAAAACAAACUUGUGACAUUGCGGAACAGUGUUUCUAUAUUUUUCUUCAACAAAUUUUAUUGAUUUUCCAUUAAACCCAUCAUACAUUUGUUUGUAGCAUAUAUUUGAAAUAAAAGUGUAUACAAGCGUAGGAUAGCUGCAUUAUUCAAACUAUUACAACUGUGAAAGAUAGCAUUUAAGGGUAAAUCUGAUCACAUUACAGGAAAGGGAUAGUUUCUAUAAUCCUCAAUCUAAUCCUCCUCUCAAGGGCAGAGUGUGGCUUGACAGUUUUGUGUACUGUAGUUAACUGAUAUAAUAAUAAAUUAAACUUUUUUUAACAAGAUGUUAAACUCUUUUAUAAUUUACAGUUUGUGAGUGUGACUUUUAAAAAUAAAAGUUUGACGAUAACACAUUUAAGAAUUAUAGUCUCAAAGUUUCAUGUUUGAUCCAUUGUGAUUGAGAAAAUAAAAUAAAAAUCAGGAAUGAACCUGUGAUUUUCUACACUGGCAAGAAAAGUUAUGUGAACACAUUGGUUGGCUGCAUAAAUUGAUCAUAAAAUGUGAUCUGAUGUUCUUAAAAUAGUAUAGAUUGUGGAGCUUGUCACUUAAAGCAACACACUGAGUCUGUUUCAUGUGCAGAAAGCAAAGGCUGUACCUUAAUCUUAAUGUACAGAAAACAUCAAUUGCUUAACUGGAGCUCUGACUGUGUAGUCUCACUCACUGAACUGAAACCUGGCCAAAAGGCGUAUGUCCCCCAUGAUCCCUGGCUUCCAGGAUACUGCUGUUAUACUGAUAUUUUCUAAGAUGAACAAUGUUUUUUAUUAAAACUAUUUGGUCUUUUU